UGUGCAUGGUCUAGUAGGGCUGUUACAACACUCUGGUUCGGGAAAUUAAACUGCGUUGAGUCUCUUCUGGUUAGUUUACGGUUUGUGUCGGAACUCAGAGACUGCCGAUCCUAUAGUCCAUGCUGGAACUGUGUGUGGGGACGGACGAUGGCAGAGGCUAGUAUUUAUAUUUCCCAGGAUGAGUUCCACUGUUCAAUAUGUUUAGACAUAAUGAAUGAUCCAGUGACCAUUCCUUGUGGACACAGCUUCUGUAUGGGCUGCAUUACGGAUUACUGGGACUGUGAGGACCAGAGGCAACCAUGCAAGUGCCCACUGUGUAAUAGAAACUAUGCUCAGAGGCCUGCCCUGGGUAAGAACACCAAAAUCUGGCUGGGAUGUUGGUGAAAAUGGAGAACGAAAACCCACCUACUAAUUCACCUGUCGGGCCAGGAGAUGCAGCAUGUGACUUCUGCUUAGAUCAGAAACUGAAGGCUGUGCUGCGAUGUCUGAAUUGCAAUGCCUACUAUUGCAAAGACCAUGCAAUAACACAUCAGAAAGACUUUCAAUGUCACUCCUUGAUCAAAAUCUCUGGAAGACCGUGGGAAAAAUGUCCCUGGCGUGGUCAUGGAUUACCACGUAACAUAUUCUGCGUUGAUGACCAAGAGUGUCUGUGCCGGCGUUGUCUUGAAAGGGGACAUGAACAGCAUGUCCUCCGGCCUGCUGAGGAGGAAGUAUCAAGAAAGCAGGAAAAAAUUAAAGCAAAAAUGGUGGAACAUGAAAAGAAAAUUCUAGAAAGGACGAAGGAGCUACAUGAACUGAGUAAAGCUGCAGCGACUAUCAAGCGCUCCACAACUACAGCCGUCCAGAACAGUGAGAGUACGCAAAGGCGUAUUGCAAUGACCAAUUUGAUUGGAGCACAUGAGAAGGCUGACUUGGAUCGAGUAAAUGACUUUUUCAAGCAAGUGAGUUUUGAAAUAACAACUCUGAGGGAGAGAUAUGCAGACUUGGAACAGAUCUUACAGACAAAGGAUCUCACUCUCUUUCUUGAGACUUCAAGGAAAAUCUAUCAUCAUCAAGGAUCUGAGAGCUUGCCCCGUGUUUCCAUUAAUACCAAUUCCAUGUACAUGAAAAUAAAGGAGUCUGUCCAAAAGUUGAAACAAUCCAUGGAGAGCAUGCUUAACGUGGAGUUUGCUAAAAUGACAGUCCAGACGGAUUCUGCAAUUGUGUCCCCAGAACCACUUAUCAGGCAGGACUUCUUGAAAUAUGCCUGUUCAAUAGCGCUGGAUGUGAACACAGCGUACAGCCAUCUCAAACUUUCUGAUGGUAACAAACAGGUGGCCUGGACUGAUGAGUCUCAGAAUUAUCCUGAUCUUCCUCAGAGGUUUUCCUUUUAUAACCAGGUGUUAGGCAAAGAGUGUCUGUCUGCACCGUCCUACUGGGAGGUUGAGUGGACUGGGGAGAAAGGAGUCUCUAUAGCUGUAACAUAUGUGGGUAUCAAAAGACAGUGGUGUGAUCAGAGAAUUAUGUUCGGAAACAAUGACUUGUCUUGAAGUUUGGAGUGCUCUCCAGAGCAGUGUUGUUUCAGACACAAUAACAAAAUUAGAGAGAUUGCUGUACCAAGCUCCAACAGAGUAGGGGUCUAUGUGAGUGCCACGGGCAACGGGCAAACUCUGUCUUUCUAUAGUGUAUCUGACAUUAUGAAGUUACUACACAGAGAGAAGGUCAGCUUCCAACAAGUCAUCUAUCCAGCUCUAUGGAUUGGAGUAAGAUCAAAGGCUAAAUUGGGUUAACCUUAGAACACACUCUAGGUCAUUUAGCACAAAUGCACGUGCUGUUAGGAACCCAAAUGUUCCCAUGAGGAACACAUGUACACAAUCUAUAUCUCUCUCCUUCUCACUAAGCACACUUGUGAGCACACAUGCAAAUUUAUCAAACUUACACAAAUUAGUUCCAACAUAUUGCUAUCCACUUGUGGUGUGACAAAAUGUUCUCCAUUUUAUAUUAUGUUGUACGAUUUUUGUCAAAUGUAUUAUUAUUUACAGUAUAUACAGUAUGAUUAUUUACAAUGUUCACAAUAGCCUAAUGACAAUAAUGAGCUCUACAUUCUUUAAAAUUGGUGAAGGGACAUGUGGAACUGUAAGUAGUUUAAUUGUAGAAAGAACUUCCAAAGAAAUGCAGCACAUGGAAAAUGUGUAAGGAUGAUUUUUGUUUCAGUACACUGUAUUGGCAGGGCCCGAGUAACACAUAGGCUAGAUAUAGCUGCAGCUUAGGGGCCGCCACCUACCUGGGGGCACCCGAUUGGCCAAUAAGUCAACAAUUGCAGAAAUGUGACAAGAUGUAAAAUUGAAAAAUGUAAUGUCGAGUACAGUUUUAAAUCUUAUUAAUACUCCUCUCCAUAUGUGGCAGAAAUGUUAUCCUUAAUUCCUAUUUUGUAAUUAUGACAAUGUCUAUCGGGGGCCCGCAGCAACCUGUAGCCUAGGGGGCCCUGGCCAUCUUAAUCCAGCUUUGUGUAUUGGUUGUGGGGGAAGGUGGAGGAAAUUAGGGCUAUUUUGUAUAAGCAGCAUUGUGUGAGGAUUCAUUUAUCCUUAUACGAUUGUAUCUAACACCCAUUUUGUAAUACAAUUGAAACUGUUAUUCUAUUUUUCUG